CUUCUCUGUUUCCCAAGUCCUCUGAAUUCUUUUUCUUGUUCUAAUUUUCCACUUGAGAAUAUAAAAACCAUGGGAUUCCGGUUGCCAGGAAUUGUUAACUCCAAGAAGGGUCUAAACAAGGCUGCUACUUCAAAGACCUUAGACAUCCCAAAAGGCUAUUUUGCAGUGUAUGUUGGGGAGAGCCAGAAGAAGCGAUUUGUGGUUCCAAUAUCAUACUUGAAUGAGCCUUUGUUCUUGGAUUUGCUGAGUCAAGCAGAAGAAGAAUUUGGAUAUGAUCAUCCAAUGGGUGGUAUCACAAUCCCCUGCAGUGAUGAAACCUUCAUUCAUCUCACUUCCCGCUUAAGUGUAUGAAUGAAGGCAAAUGAAGUGAAUCUGGUUCAUAUCCAAAUCAGCCUCAGUUCGAUCAGAAGAACUCGCCAUGUCAAGAUGA